UUCACCAAAACAAAAAUAGACUUGUCAAAACAUAUAUUGAACUUCUUAAACUCUUUCGCUUGUUGCAUAGUUCUCAUUGAAAUUUAUUAUGUCAAUGAAGAGUGCGUUUUUUCUCCUAAUGGCUAUAUGCAUGGCAGGUUCCAUGAAUGCUCAACCACCGCAGCUUCCACCUCCAAGUCCCGGCAUGCCACAAAUGCCCGACGUGAACAAAUGUUUCUCAACAUUGAUGAAUAUUCCAGGAUGUUUUGCAGAGAUUGCUCAAUCCAUAAUGACCGGCAAAGUUGUUAGUAUAGGUCCUGCUUGUUGUAAAGCUUAUUUGGAAGCUGAAACCAGCUGCACACAACAAUUUCCAGUCAAUCCGUUUUUUCCUCCUAUGCUAAAAGAACAGUGCUCCAAAAUUGCUGGUCCUCCAACCAUACUGUAAGAUUAGAAAGUAUAUAUGUAAAACUUUAUUUUCUAAAUAAGGGUUAGUCCCCUAAUGUUUUAUAAAAAACAAAAAGAAGAAGCAGUGAUCGGAUAAUAAUCAUGUUUUCUUUGUUUUUUUUUGGGUAGAGUCAUUUCGCCUUUCUUAUAUUUCAGUCAAUUAUAAGAUCUUUAGUAUUUCAUGUAAUUAAUAAUAAUGUUUAUCAGUGUCCAUUAUUGAAGUUUAAAAUUUGACAAGUAUAUCGGUUUCUUUUGAUUAAUUAAUGAAUCUUAUGAAUAUAAAUGAUGGAUGGUUAAAUUUUUUAAAGUGGGGGGGCUUUUCUCUCUCUUCUCUAUCUCGGAUCUUUCAGAGAGAGGAAAGCUCUCAACUUAUCUUCUCUUGUAGAUAAUCUCCGAUUAUGUUCGGAUCUCUUUCGGACAUGUUUGGUUUUCUUUUCUUAAGUUUUCCGGCGUUGUCCGGAUAAUAAAAUUUCUGACCGUAUUCCGAUUUAGUUUUUGUUUAGUUAGUUUGUUAGUUUUCCUAUCCUUUUGCGGUUCUUAAAUCUUCUCCGACAAAGGCCGGGUGUUGCUCAGAGGCUCUUCUUCCGUUGAUGUGCUGGAUUCCUGGUACAAUCCUUCAUAUACCCCCUAUUGGGGCCGUAAGAGUCGGCUAUGGAUGAAGGUUCUUUGUGUGCAAGAGAAUCGUGAUAUGUGAAACUCGUUGGAUUGUUUAGAUCAGAACAAGUGAGCGUGUUUUGCAGUCUGCUCUGCUCUCUGGCCUUACUGCAACUUCUUGUGCUUCAAUAAUCAAAUGAUUAUAGUCACCGGAGGAAGAAGGAUAGAUCGGAUCCUGUGAGAUUUGCGGUGAUGCAGCGGUCAAGAUUUUCAACCAACAUGCAUGCUCCCACGUCUAUUAACACGUGUUAUCUUAUGCCCUUUAUUGUAACACGUUUCAUAUUUUGUAUUUGGGCUUUAGUUUAUUUCUGUUGGGCCUAUCCACCCUUUGUACUUGCCCGUUUUGGGUUUUUAUAAUGCAAAUGACGAUAAAAAAAAAAU